AUGGAUCACAACAAUCUAAUAGAGUGUGGUGGAUUUUAUUUCAUACACAAUUUUGAUUCUGGGAAUCUCGGUCACGUUGAAAGAGUGCCUACAGAGCUUAUAGCAUCAUGCAUAAACCCUAAAACAAAUACUGCAGAAACACCUGACUAUGAGUUUAACUUGUGGACAAGACCAGACUGUGCAGGCACUGAGUUUGAGAAUGGAAACCGCACCUGGUUCUAUUUUGGAGUGCAAGCCAGUGAGCCUAAUGUAUUGGUACGACUGAAUUUAAUAAACCUGAACAAACAGGGUAAAAUGUAUAACCAGGGCAUGGCACCGGUUACACGGACCCUGCCAGGGAAGCCUCAAUGGGAACGAAUAAGAGACCGUCCUGUACAUUCGACAGAUGACAAUACAUUCACAUUGAGUUUCAAGUACCGCACAGCUGACAAUCUGAAAGCGACAACAUUCUUUGCCUUCACAUAUCCUUUUUCGUUUGCGGAACUUCAAAUAGCGUUAAACUCCAUUGACAUGAAAAUGUUACCACUACCGCACCCACAAUCACCUGAUGAUAUUUACUACUAUAGAGAAUGUCUCAUUUAUUCACUAGAAGGGCGACGAGUGGAUUUGCUUACAAUAACAUCCCACCAUGGAAUGACACAUGAGAGAGAAGAAAGAUUAAAAAAUCUUUUUCCUGAAAACCAUGAAAGGCCUUUCAAAUUUCAAAACAAAAAGGUCAUUUUCAUAUCUGCACGCGUGCACCCAGGCGAAACCCCCUCCAGUUUUGUUUUCAAUGGUUUCCUGAACCUGCUGCUGAAUAGGAACGACCCUAUAGCAGUACAACUUCGCAAACUUUACGUGUUCAAAAUGAUACCAUUUUUGAAUCCUGACGGGGUCGCCAGAGGUCACUACCGGACCGACACCAGGGGGGUCAACUUGAACAGGGUGUACCUUAACCCCUCGCUGGUGUACCAUCCGACUGUGUACGCUUCCAGAGCUUUAAUCAGAUAUUACCAUUAUGGAUGCGAAAAAGAAGACAAUUUUGAUGACAGCAAAAGUUUCACUUCGCGCAGCAUACAGAAUAUAAGUGAAAGUGCAGAGUUGCUAGAUUCGAAGAAGAAAAAAUCUUCGAAUGCGAAUUUCAAGCGCGAGAAAUCAGCGAAGUCGUCCACAUCGAUCAAGCCUCCUCCCGUUGUUGACAACAAGAAGGGAAGCGCCAAAAGCCUAAGCGGAGAGGCUGCACAUUUAGCUGAUCAAGUUUGCGACAUGAAACUCCAAGAGAUGCCUUCACAGACAUCAGAUACUUCUUCCAAAGCGUCGAACACGAAUCUAGCGGAGCCAUCGUUGCUAAACGAUGACGUGUUACGUUCAUGUCUCGGCUCCAACGUGCACCUGAGCACGAGCGAAGAGCUCAACUUCCAGGGCUCCAACCCUCUCCGUCCGCUUCGUGACACGCUCAAGAAUAGCAUCAGUCUCUUGAUGGAGUCAAAUUCUUCAAUUGUUGGUGAUAGCUCACUAGGAGGCAAAGAGUCUCGGCUGUCGAAUGUCCGUAUGGGGUGGUGUCAGGAGUGUCGGCGAGCAGUCAGCCGCCUCGAGGACACCAUGCCCGGCAUCACAUCCAUGGUGCCCGGCUACAGCGUAUCUAUGAAGCAGGAAGCCGAAAUAGACGAUAAGAAUACAGUCUACUUCUGUACCAACUGUUUCAAGAAAUACAUCAUAACAGGCUGCAAUGAAGAACUCGUAUGCUCAGCGGUGUCGACCACUAGUGUGGCCGUAUCGUGUGGAGAUAGCGGUGAACCUCAUCAGCCAACCAUUCAACCUUCCACACCUUCCUCUCCACCGCCGGUAACUCCACCACCUAAAGAAGAAAAGUCUCCUUUGCCGAAACUGAAGAAAAAGCCGCCCCCCGCGCCCACCGCCCCUGCGCGCUCCCCAUCUAAGGAACCCGAAUCUGGCCUCUACCUUUACAUAGACCUACAUGGACAUGCCUCUAAGAAAGGUAUCUUCAUGUACGGCAAUCAUUUCGACGAUUUGGAGAGUUCUGUGGAGUGUAUGCUGUUGCCCCGCAUCAUGUCCCUCAACAAUCUUCACUUCCACUUCUCCUCGUGCAAUUUUACUGAACGGAAUAUGUAUCUGAAGGACCGCCGCGACGGCAUGUCCCGCGAGGGCUCCGGGCGCGUGGCGGUGCUGAAGGCCACCGGGCUGGUGCGCUCGUACACGCUCGAGUGCAACUACAACACGGGCCGCCUGGUCAACGUGCUGCCGCCGCCCGCGCGCGACGCGCCCGCCGCCGCCCACGCCCCCUCCACCGCCCCCGCCGCCGCGCCCCCGCCCCCGCCCAAGUACACGCCCCACAUAUUCGAAGAGGUGGGUAGGUCGCUGGGCGCCUCCAUCUUGGAUCUGACCGGUCAACAUCCCAACUCUCGAAUCCCGUGCUCCGAACACCGCAACCUGGCGGCCGUACGCGACUGGCUACGUGCACACACACGCACUAUGAGACCACAGCUGACCAUGUCUCGGUUGCGACCGAAGACGUCGUCACCGAGCCGGGUGCCGCUGUACGCCCGCUCGAAGGGCAAAGUCACCGAUGAACGCAAAGAGAACACGUACGUCGGCGCCAAAACCGACUCGGAGAGGAAACGGAGCCCACCCGUACUCGCCCAGCGUUCCGGUCACGACAUCAUCAACAUGAACAUGAAGUACGCCAAGAAGAACGAACCGGUCAAAACACCGUCGCGCACGCGAUACCUCAGCGAGAACGAGCCGAAACCUAAGACGCUGUCCACCAAGAGGAGGAACAUCCUGGCUAUACGGAAGCCGAACUCUAGUAAAACGCAAGUGGGAGUGGUGAAGGCGAAGGUGAGUAGACGUUCCGCGGAUGACGCGGAGAGUCCGCGCGCGUCACUCGUCUCCGCUAAACUGAGCAAGCGCAGCUUCUCGCGGUCGAUACGAGGCGCAGUCACUCGUUCCGGCGGCAACAGGUGUCGAGCGAUGGCCUCCUCUUCCUCUGAGGACAUGCUCGGCGGCACGUGGGAGGAGAUGCACGGCGGGACCGUGCUCGGGUCCCAGAGCGGCAUGUCCCAUCCCGAGUCCAUCUCUGUGGCCGGCAAACGUAGACCCUUCCCCAACCCGUCGCCCUCGCACCUCAAGAAGAUCCGCUUAAAGACCGGCUUGUAGCGCAAGCCGCGAGCCCGACCCGCCGCCGAGCCGCAAUAACAACUCGCUAGCGUUGUACGUUACAGUACCUAGUAAAAUAUCGAUUAUCGAUAGAUUAUAUGUUAUCGUAGCUUUGAAAAUCAAAUACGCUAUUGUAUGAAUACAUUUACGUUUAAAACUGUUUACGGUUAAAAUAAUAAAUACACUGAUUGUAAUCCAUAAUUUCGAUACUGUUGAUUUUCAAACUAUAGAUGCAACAACAACGCUCGGCUGCAUUUGGUGCUAAUCAUACAUUACCUACUCCCCAGUAAGCGCCGGUUCGUUCGGUUAUCGCUAAAUGUAGCUCGACUUUAUGAACGAUCGAUAAAAUGUCCCCGCAUGCGAAUGGUCGGGCGCGCGCCGCGAUGUUAGAUCGUUUGCGGAGUUCAAUUCUACUUACAUAUUAAUACCUACCCCAGUUGUAACCAAAACUCGUAGAUCAUGUCCACACUAAUAAUCAUUAUUUAUGUCGUCGGUAUUAAUAAGAUGCGAGGAAUUAGUUAAAAUUUAACCACAAGAAAUAAAUAUAGUAUAGUUUGACAUUUAGUAACAAUAUAGAACGCCGACAUCACGUACAAUGAGGAUUCGAACGUGUCGAAUGAGAAAAUUUUCUGUUUCUUUUUGGCAUUCGGGGAUUAUUUGAACAGAUCUUUAAAGGAAUUAUUGUGUUCUGCAUGCAUAAUUUUUGUGUUUGUUGUGUUUUAUGUUAGAUUAAUAGACUUAGUAACCUGUUUUAUUGCAAACUGUUUGUAGAAAAGUUAUUAGAUAUAUUUUAAAGACAUCAAUAUAGUU